AUAAAUGCGAUAAGAUGCGGAGAUUUGUGCAUUAGUUUAUCACUACUUGCGGCAAGAAGAAAAUAAUAAACGUGUUAUUGUUUAAUGGGAAGCAAUUAGGAAUUUUGAUAGUGUAGUUUUGACAUCCUGAUUUUUUAUUGUGUGUGUUAAGAAGAGUUAAUAUAAUCUUAGAGGAAAAGGCAACAAUCCUGUAUGUAUAAAUAAGAUUAAAACACAAAUUAUAGUGAAUAGUGCACUAAAUAUUCGACAGAAAUGGCAAAUGAACAUAAAUUAAAAUCUAGUGACGAUAACAAUAAAGGUAAUAAGCAGAAAGCUGGAAUUACUUUUUCGAUUGACAAUAUCCUAACCCGCGAUAGAAAAGAAUCAAAAUCUGACAAAGAUUUAUGUCAAACUACAGAAACUGAAACACACACCGGACCAGUGCCGAUUACAGCUCUGGAUCUUAGAACGGCUGCAGUUGAUAGAAAUGACAAUAUAGGUGGAUUAUCUAUUAAAGACGUGAACGAAAAUAAGGAAAAAUAUCAUAACGCAAUCGUAUCUCACCAAUCACAGAAAUAUUUCAAUGAAUUGCCAAACAAUUGUGUAACAAACACUUUUUGUUUCGGGAAUCGUCUGCGUCAUUUUGGUGGGGGCAGUUUUCCAGAGAAUGGAUUGGCGGAUUUGAAUGGGUACCUUCACAGGCACUUUCUUAGCAACGGAAACCGACUGGGAAAUUAUAAUUGCCUCGAUGGCAACCGCGUGUUUGAAAAUGUUAAAUCUGAAAACCAGGUUGGUGAUGAACACAGAGACAAGUGCGAGUUUCAAGCAAUUACAAUGGACAGUGACCAUGAUACUUCGUUUGAAGUAAUGGACAGUGAUUCAGACAUUUCCGUCGUGUCGGCGGACGAAAUAGAAGUUGGCGGUGAGACAAAUGAUGACGAUAAAGCUAAAAAUGAAAAGGAUCAAUCUACAAACAGUUGUCCAGCGGACAAAAAAGAAUCUUCUGAAGCCAUUUCAGACAAAACAGAUUCCCUCGCCGAGUAUAAAUCAGAGUCGUUUAAAGAUAAUAAUGGGCGGAGGGGAAAAGAUGCGAAUUCCCGAAAACGCGAAAUGCAUAGAGACCACAAACCUAGGAAGAAGAGAUCACGAGCAGCUUUCUCGCACGCGCAAGUGUUCGAAUUAGAGCGCAGAUUUCGUCACCAGCGCUAUCUGUCUGGUCCCGAAAGAGCAGAUCUUGCUAAUGCCCUAAAACUUACAGAAACCCAAGUGAAAAUUUGGUUUCAAAACAGACGCUAUAAAACUAAACGGAAACAACUGCAGCAGGAACAAGCGCUUUCCAGCAGUUCCAAAACAGCGUCUGUGACGAUCUUGGUCAAAGACGGCAAGCGUCUCUAUGAAAGAGAAGAUGUUAUGCGGCCAUAUUUUUAUCCAUCUAUUCCAGUUCCAACAUUCAACUAUUUUUGUCCUUACGUGCAAUAACGAUGUGCAAAACAUUUUGUACCUUUGUUCAAGCGUGGUUGAUUUAUGUGUCGUAUAUGUGAUGUACAAAUAAUAUUUCUUGUGAACAUUGGGUGUUCCUCUAAGAUUUUUUACGUGAUGGGACCGGUUAUAUUUGUUUCAAGAUUUGUGUACCAUCUUAUAUAGGUCUGAAACAAUAACUUAAUAACAGUAAUAAUAACAGUAAAAAGCCUAAGAUCGUUUUUUUCCAUAAUAAUCUUUUUUAUUGUGCAAAAUACGCAAAUCAGGCAAAGUAUCGCACAAAAUUCUAUUUUCAGUUAAAUUCCAGGUAUAUUUAUCAUAUUUGUACAAUUUAAUUAAGCGCAGCUCUUGGUCAAUGUCAAUUUUUUAAAUUUCAGUUUUCUUUUAGCAUUUUGGACUUCAGUGGAGCUCCUUGAAAAGUGAACUUUCUCAGCUGUUUACUUCAAACUUUU